AUUGAGUCUAACGUUAUCAUGUAACAUGAAAUUACAACGCUUUCCAAUGGAUCAACAAGUGUGUGGUGUUCAACUUGAAAGCUACGGUUUCACCACAAAGGAUCUUUUAUUUGAAUGGAAGGAUGUGGGACCUGUACAGAUCGCCGGGAACCUCGAGUUACCCCAGUUUAAUAUACUUGGUUACCGAACGCUACCAUGCACUAAACAGUAUAACACAGGUAAUUACACGUGUGUCGAAGUCCAGUUCUUCUUUCUCAGACAAAUGGGAUACUAUUUAAUACAGACUUACAUUCCCAGCAUGCUCAUCGUAAUCUUAUCCUGGGUAUCAUUUUGGAUCAGCGCUGAGUCGUCACCUGCACGCGUGGCCCUUGGCAUCACGACUGUUCUCACGAUGACCACGCAGAGUUCUGGCGCCAACGAAACCCUACCAAAAGUAUCUUAUAUCAAAGCAAUCGAUAUUUGGAUGUCGGUGUGUUUGUUGUUUGUUUUCGCCGCACUGGUUGAAUUUGCCGCGGCCAAUUAUAUGUACAGGGCAAGUACUGUGGAGAAGAAAACAACAAAAAACAACAACAAAAGUCGAGCGUCUUCAUCUCAACUAAAUGGAGAAAACAGCUUAGAUACGAAGCACGUGCCCUUCUACGUCAAGGAAAACAGCGACGCCAUGCGACCAAUGGUGGCCUCAUUAGUCACGGAAAGGAAAAAGAGACCAACGACGAAAACCGUCGCACAGCCGAACAAAGUUCAAAUAAUCGACGUUGUUUCCAGAAUUGUGUUCCCCGUCUCAUUCCUUAUCUUUAAUAUAAUCUAUUGGUCCAUAUAUCUUGGGUGGUAUUUUCAGGCACCUGAUACGCAAAAUAGUUAA